UAGCGCCUAGAACAGAACCCACCUACCCGUAGCAACAGCAGCGGUGCACCGCGACCACCCCGCCCGCCUGGGCACCCCCCUCCUCCUCGGCUGCUGUCUCCUCCCUCUUGGAGGCAGGGGGAUGGGAUUUUUAUUUUUUUUUCAUCCACCACGUUUGCAAAUUUUGCAGCAGCCGUGGGACAGGCCGCACGGCGCUUGGAGGCCGGGAAUCGCUCGCAGGGCCCCUCGGAUUCCCCCCACUCUCCGUCCUCCCUUCUCUUCCCUCUCGCUGCAUGGCGGGCUUGGGGAUGCUGCCCAGGCGGUGGAGGCACCGCUGCUGCUCGCUGCUGCUGCCCGCCCUGCUGGUGAGCUGGGUGGCGUGCCAGGCUCCGCCGGUGCCGGCCGGGGAGCAGCCCUGGGACGGGCAGGAUGUGCACAUCGAGCGCAGCUUCGUGCCGGAGCAGUGUGCGCGCACGGUGCGCAGCGGGGACUUCGUGCGCUACCACUACCACGGCACCUUCCCCGACGGCAGCAAGUUCGACUCCAGCUAUGACAGGGGUUCCACAUUCAAUGCGUUUGUGGGAAAAGGCCAGCUUAUUGCAGGGAUGGACAAAGCUCUGGUUGGAAUGUGUGUGAACGAGAGACGUUUUGUGAAAAUUCCACCCAAGCUUGCCUAUGGGAGUGAAGGAGUUUCUGGUGUAAUCCCCCCAAAUGCAGUGCUUCAUUUUGAUGUACUUCUGAUAGAUCUUUGGAAUUCUGAAGAUGAGGUUCAAAUUCAAACUUAUUUGAAGCCUGAAAAAUGUACUCGGACAAUCCAGGUGUCUGACUUUGUAAGAUACCAUUACAAUGGAACUUUCUUGGAUGGGACUCUGUUUGACUCAAGCCACAAUCGGAUGAAAACUUACGACACGUAUGUGGGAAUUGGAUGGCUGAUUCCUGGUAUGGACAAGGGACUCCUAGGAAUGUGUGUAGGAGAAAAGCGCAUUAUCACAAUACCUCCUUACCUAGCAUAUGGAGAAGAAGGAGAUGGUAAAGAGAUUCCUGGUCAGGCUUCUCUGGUUUUUGAUGUGGCUCUGCUAGAUCUUCAUAACCCAAAAGAUGGCAUCACUAUUGAGAACCAACAAGUGCCUGAAUCCUGUGAGCGAAAAAGCCAGACAGGAGACUUUCUCAGAUAUCACUAUAAUGGCACGCUGCUGGAUGGCACAUUAUUUGAUUCCAGCUAUUCCCGGAACCAUACAUAUGACACCUACAUUGGGAAAGGUUAUGUGAUCGCAGGGAUGGAUGAAGGUUUGCUUGGGGUAUGCAUUGGGGAAAAGAGAAGAAUAAUAAUUCCACCUCAUCUUGGAUAUGGAGAAGAAGGAAGAGGAAAGAUUCCAGGAUCUGCAGUACUGGUUUUUGACAUCCAUGUGAUUGACUUCCAUAACCCUUUGGACUCUGUCAACAUUACUACUCAUUACAAACCUUCCAAUUGCACAGUAUUGAGUAAGAAAGGAGAUUACUUGAAGUACCACUACAACGCCUCACUCCUGGAUGGCACGUUGUUAGACUCAACGAUUAGUCUUGGUAAAACGUAUAAUAUAGUUCUGGGAUCUGGACAGGUUGUUUUGGGGAUGGACAUGGGUCUUAGAGAUAUGUGCGUUGGAGAGAGACGAACAGUUAUUAUUCCGCCCCAUCUUGGUUAUGGAGAAGCUGGUGUUGAAGGAGAAGUUCCUGGUAGUGCAGUAUUAGUUUUUGACAUUGAACUGCUGGAACUAGUGUCUGGCUUACCUGAUGGCUACAUGUUUGUCUGGCAUGAUGAUGUCUCUCCAAAUCUCUUUGAAGAAAUUGACAAGGAUAAUAAUGGAGAAGUUUUUCUGGAGGAGUUUUCAGAAUACAUUCAAGCUCAGGUUGAUUCUGGCAAAGGAAAACUAGCUCCUGGCUUUGACUCUGCAAAGAUUGUUAAAAAUAUGUUCACAAAUCAGGACCGAAAUGGAGAUGGCAAGAUUACAGCUGAAGAAUUCAAACUGAAAGACCAAGAGACCACAGAGGGACAUGAUGAACUGUAAAACAAAACAAAAAAAGAACAGUGAGCUGACCUACUGUCACUGUAUGUGUGUACUGGAAGAUGUUUGAAGUACUGUA